GGGAAAAGCUAGAUGGAUAUUGGUGUUGGCAGUGCUUGGAAAUGGAGAAGUUUUUAAAAGAAUCUAAUAGCAAAGAUUGUAAUGCAAACUCAACCGAAAUGGAUAAGGAACCUGAGGAAGGUGGUCCUAAUAAACGUGUAAAAUAUGGAAAGUCUACUGUGUGGAAUUUCUUCAAUAAGUCUAAGGAUGGCAAGUCUGCUAAAUGCUUUAAAUGUGGUAAAGUGUAUCAAACAUGUGGCAAUACCACCAAUUUAUCUGCACAUUUUAAACGAAUGCAUCCUACGUUGACAAUUGAAGAACUACCAACGACCUCAAGCUCUAUUUUGUCGUUUAUAGACAAAAAAUACGAAGCAUUUUAUUUACAGAUCUCAAAUGAUAAGUCCCUUAAGGCAUGUAUAUGCAAGUACCUCUGCGUUCCUGCAACGUCCACUGAAAGUGAGCGCAUGUUCAGCAAAGCUGGACUUAUAGUUAGCGAAAAAAGGAGUUCGCUUAAAUCAAAGAAUGUAGACAUGCUCAUUUUUAUUAACAAAAAUGAGUGGAUCUCAAAUAAUUAGUCAUGAAUUAUAUUUUUUAUGUUAUGCUUUUCAUUUUGUUAUACUUAUAUUCUUUCAAUUUAUGAAAAUAUUGU